AUGGAGCGACCCCCCCGACACUCCAUCCAAAACAUAUCCGCCAAACGCGCUGGCGGGAAAAAAGUCCCCAGACCCUAUCGCAAGUACCACAACCAAGCGCAUCGGAAGAAGACCACGAACAAAGAAGCCGGGCAUGUCGCGGCCAAGGCUUCGAGUUUCUUUGUUCGGGCUACGAGGGCUGCGUUUGAGGCGUUGAGUUAG